CAGCAUCAGCUGUAGUGUGUCGGAGAGUGAGAAACUUCUCUCACUCCUCCUCCCCUGCUUUCUCUCUCCCCAAAUUCCCUCAGACACCUUUAUUUUCUCUUUAACCUCUCCCACAGGAGCAGCCGCAGCCACCGGUGCCCCAGUCAACAGGCUGGUACUGGCUGGGUUUUAUUUUUUUGGGUUCUAUCUCUGCUCUAUCUGGACGCUCUCGGGAGUUUUUUUCUGCCCGGUUCGUUCAGGACGUCGGGUGCAACUGGAGCAAGUUUCACCCCCCUCCCCGUCCCCCCCAUUCUGCCUGAGGAAUGAGAGGAUUGCCGGAGACCCGAAACUCGCAUGUUUGAAUGAACAAAAGAACAGAAAGCGAGGGUACUACCGCCGAAAUGGAGGAAAACACUCUGCCAGGAGCAACAUCUCCCCACUCAGAUCUGAACACAAACCCAACAAGGCCUGACCCGGAGGGGGAGAGUAGCCCCCCGAAGACGGACAUUACAGAGAGAAUGGAGUCUCCAGCUAAGAAAGAGACCGACCGGAGAUUGACUACCCCCACAAAAUCUGACACCCUUCCUCGAUCACCUGGGUCACCUGCAUCACCUGUCCCCAGGUCGAAAAGGAAGGAAGACAUCAUGAAGUCAGAGGAGAGGCAGAAACUUGCCAAGGAGCGGAGAGAAGAAAAGGCCAAAUAUCUUGAAGAGCUCAGCAUGUUACAAGCUGCUAAAAAGACCCAGUGGCUGGAGAAGGAGGAGAAGGCACGGCAGCUGAGGGAGCAGCAGCUGGAGGAGCGCCGCAGGAAGCUCGAGCAACAGCGAAUCAAGGCAGAAAAACGGCGAGCCGCCCUGGAGGAAAGACAGAAACAGAAACUGGAAAAAAAUAAAGAGCGCUAUGAGGCAGCCAUCCACAGGUCAACCAAGAAGACUUGGGCAGAAAUCCGCCAGCAAAGGUGGUCCUGGGCUGGCGCUCUAAGCCAGAACUCCAGCCAGAAAGAAACACGUAACCUUGCACUGAGUCCAUGGGAGAGCAGUAUAGUUGACCGGCUGAUGACGCCAACGCUGUCUUUCCUCGCUAGGAGCCGCAGUGCUGCCAGUGUCCUCAACAAUGGCAAAGAUGGCCAAUCUCCUCUCUGUCCCCGUUCGGCUUCUGCUAGUCCCCUUACCUUGUGCGCCCACCAGCCCCACCACCGCUGCUCCGAUCGCUGGAGAGUGACAUCCAGCACACCAGACAUCACCCAACGCCAACACAGACGGAGCUCCACACCUAUGGAUAAAAACAAGAAAGAAAAGAGAGACAAAGAACGGGAGAAUGAGAAGGAGAAAAGUGCCAUCACUAAAGAGAAGGUGCUUAAGAAGAGACAGUCUCUACCAAGCAUGAGACACAGAGCUGAUCCAAGUCCCAGUCCUUUAUCAAGACAACGGCCGUCAUCCCCAGCCACGCCUAAGGGCAGGACAGCCUCUCCCAGCCCUGCUGCCUCCCCCAAGCCUCCAUCCGCACGUGGAAGCCCGUCGACUCCUAAAGGUCGGCCCAAAAGAGCCAGGACCCCUGCCAGGAUAGACCAUCGCACCUCCUCCCCUGUCACACUCGAAAGAGUGAAAGAGCCUCGCAGGCCCGCUACCCCUGAGGAGAGAAAGAGUUCCCCUGUGGUACCUGCCAUCGCAGUAUCCUCAGCCACUUCCUCAACCAAUGCACCGAGCACGCUAGUCACAACCACUGCAGCCUCCCCCUCACCUGAGCCAGUCCACUCUGCUCCGUCUGUCCCUGCAGCAUCACCUGCACCUUCUCCAUCAGCCAAGCCAAUGGCAGGCACCAACAACCCAGAGGAGGCGGCUCGCAUCCUGGCAGAGAAACGGCGACAGGCCCGAGAGCAGAGGGAGAGGGAUGAGCAGGAGCGCCGCGAACAGGAGGAAAAGGAGAGGAUCCUGAGAGAGGAGCGAAUAGCAAGGGAGGCGGAGGAGAGGCGAUGCAGGGAGGAGGAGGCUCGUGCCAUGGCUGAGGAACAGCAGAGGAGGGACGAAGCCCAGCGCCUGCAGGAGGAGAAGGAGGCUCAGGAGAGAGCCAAAGCCGAGCAGGAGGAGAACCUCCGCCUGCAAAAACAGAAAGAAGAGGCUGAAGCUAAAGCCCGGGAGGAGGCGGAGAAGCAGCGUCUGGAGAGGGAGAAACACUUCCAGAAGGAGGAGCAGGAGAGGCUGGAGAGGAAAAGGCGUCUGGAGGAGAUCAUGAAGAGGACACGCAAAACAGAUGGAGGCGACAAGAAAGAGACAAAGUCCUCCCCUCUUGCACACGUCAAUGACAAGGAGGCAGAGAGCAGUAAAGCAUCUGUUGAAUAUCAGCCAAAGCCUGAGGCCAACCUGCCCAAUAACAUUACAGAAAAUGGACAGACCAAUGUCAAAGAAAGCAGCCCCUCAGUCCAAGUGGUCAAUGGGGUCCAGCCUCCAAGACAUGAAAAUGGUCUAUCCACUAAAGGAGACACUACCCACUUCGGUGAUAUCAUCCAUCUCACGAAUCACGGCAACACCACCAAUGGAGCACGAGAUAAGACUGAGACCAGCAUGGCCACCGAGCCGAUCCUCACAUUUGAGAGUGAGGAUUCAUUCAUGAAAAAGGCAGGCCCCAUGAAGCCUCAGCAUGUUGCAGAGGUCCUGUGACAUGUUCCAGUGUUGAAGUGCUCGUCGCCUUAGCCCACAGACCUUUCCCAGCCCGGUGACCUGUGCCAUCAACAACCUUUUUCUAAGCCCCUAAUAGCAAACAUGCUUCUCUCUGAAGAUGAAGUGAGCCACAGAAGAUGACGACCAAGCAUCAGGACAAAAGCGAAAGACAAAACGGGAUGGAAGGUGUUACUGUGUGCGACACGGAUGCAUCAGUGUUAACAUUUGUAAAGAUCUUUGUGGCACCGAUUCCAUGCACCUUAAUACUCAACAGUAUCAUCCUUUGUACAUUACAGUACGGCUGAGUAAUUAUUACAGUAAGCUGAAGUGUUUGUUUUCUUUGUUCUUUAGUUAUUUAACUGAAAGAGAAAUAUUCAAGACUGGGUACAUUUUUGUGAAUAAUGUAAAUUAACUUUGUGUGAAGGACAAAGGAGGGAUGGGCCUGUAGAUUAACGUUGUAUGAAAGGGAGUCAUUUUAUGCUACUCUGCUCUGAGUAGACCUUCUAAGCGAAACCCAGGUAUUAUACAUCCUGGUCUGUAUAAAGCUACCUGUAACAGUUUUUGUAAAGUUAAACUGAGAAAUCUGGAAAGAGAUUUGAAAUGUAAGCUCACAUGCAACAGCUUCUUACUGUGUGUAAACAUACUGUCUGUCUCAGCUAUGAUUGUAUGCAGAACUGGAUGUAAUAAUGAGUGUGCAACCUUGACAAUUAAGAAAAUAGAAGUCAUCUAAGGUCAGAUCCCUACAAAAUAGGGAUUUCCUCUACUAUUUAACAGUUAAAGCUGUUUUUAUUUCACGUGUGAGCAUGACUCAGUUUUCUCUCAUUUGCAUUGAGAUGCCAUGAACUCAUCUGUAUUUGAAAUGCUGGUGCGUGUAAAUGCUAUUAUUAUUUUGAUGUGCGUUACAAGGUCAGUGGGAGUAUCUUAAGUCUUAUUAAAGACAUGCUGUCCAGUC